CUGGAAUGAUGUGAACUCUGCGUGAGCAUCACAUCUCGCCCAACACCAGGGCCUUUUUUAUCUCCUUCCUCUUCGUAGUUGAGAUCCUGGAGACCCCAAUUCGUCCCCGCCUGCUGAAUCAAGACUCCUUUUAUCUUCGAGAAACCAUUGUCCCGCUAGCCCUCUGGGACAAUAUAACUCCCCUCCCGCCGUUGAUGGCCCUUUUUACGCCUCCUCGAUCCUUUCAGAAUGCCCAGUCGUUGACUACGCGCCAGUUCGUGGCUCAGACUCCGGUGGGCGUGCUUCAAGAUGUCGUCGGUCCCCAUGCGAGCCACCCUCCGUUCAUGCACUUAGUGCUCCUCGUCUUCGAAGCUGUUCUUGAAGUCGUCUGUGUCAGCCUUCCCGGUUACAUUGCCGCCAGGGUUGGCAUGUUCGAUGCCGAUGCGCAAAAAUUCGUUGCCAAUCUCAAUGUCGCUUUGUUCACACCGUGCCUUAUAUUUACGAAGCUCGGCUCGCAACUCACAGCUGAAAAAUUGACCGACCUCGCUAUCAUUCCCCUUAUCUUCGUCGUCCAGACCGCCGUCUCCUAUUUUUGCGGGUUUGUGGUUUCACGGUUCUUUCGAUUCAACAAACGACAAUCGAAUUUUGUGGCGGCUAUGGCGGUUUUCGGAAACUCAAAUUCACUUCCCAUAUCGCUUGUCGUGUCUCUCUCGCAAACAUUGAGUGGCCUCCAUUGGGAUCGAAUCCCUAAUGAUAAUGAUGACGAAGUUGCAGCGCGCGGUAUCCUUUAUCUGCUUAUUUUCCAACAGCUCGGCCAGCUUGUACGUUGGAGUUGGGGAUAUCGCGUUCUUCUUGCACCACGCGAGAGGUAUAUUGAGGAAGCGGAAGGAGACAAUGGGGAGACCCCGAUUGCACAGGGUCAGGAACGAUACACCGACAAUCCAGAGCAGGCAUAUCCGGAUGAGCCUUUGAUAAGGACAAGGGAUUCCUCCGAUGGCGAUGCCGAGCCGGGAACUAGCUCGAAUGAUGAUUCCGACGAAUUUCAUUCUGGGGAGGCAACACCUGUAAAUACGCGAACAUACUCAUACGCGAAGCUGUCACACCAUGAACAAGAACACGCCCAAGACCAGACUCCACAGCUUGGGCCGCCGCCCAGUGGUCCAUUUCUACCUCGUCAAGACUCUCGCGGCGACAUCUUGUACUUUCCGAACGUGGAAGUGAAUCCCGAGGACAACACCGCUGAAGAAGGACCUGUGCCACGAUUCAAGGCUUCCAUGGGCCGUUUUAGGUCUCGCAUUGCGGGCGGCUGGGCGAGAGGAACGGGCGCCUUGUAUAAUCGACUGCCAACAGGGCUCCAAAAGGCGCUGUCGAGGACCUCAAAUGGCAUGCGCAGAUUUAUUGCAGGUGUGUGGGAUUUUAUGAACCCGCCGCUUUGGGCGAUGCUGGUUGCAAUAAUAGUGGCUUCUGUGCCUUCACUCCAACGAUUGUUCUUCAAUGAGGGAACAUUCAUUAGCAACUCUGUGACGCGCGCAAUCAACCAGAACGGCCAGGUUGCUGUUCCUUUGAUUCUUGUGGUUCUUGGGGCAAACCUAGAACGCAACACAAUCCCCCAAGAAGCACAGGAAGAUAUGGAUGAUGCCGGGGAAGAGAAAAGAUUGAUAAUCGCCUCACUGGUAGGGCGUAUGCUGCUUCCAACUAUAAUCAUGGCACCACUUCUUGCGCUGCUAGCCAAAUAUGUCCCAGUCAGCAUUGUGGACGAUCCGAUCUUCAUCAUAGUCUGCUUCCUGCUCACGGGUGCACCAUCAGCCCUACAGUUGGCGCAGAUUUGCCAAAUCAACAAUACUUAUGUUGGCGCCAUGUCGAAGUUGUUGUUCCAAAGCUACGUUGUUUGGAUUCUCCCAUCUACCCUUGUUCUUGUGAUGUGUGCUUUGGAAGUUGUUGAGUGGGCGGCUGCCUAGAGCGGCCUGCCUGGGGUUUCUAUUCUAGGUAUUGCUACUUUUAUAUAAUUAGGUAUUCUUAUUGUGGUUCAGGUAUGUCGGCGUUUCGGGAAGGUGGGAACGGGGUUUUUCGUGGAAAUAGCCACGUUAUAGAUUGUGAUCCAUACUUCUAUGUAUGACGGUCGAAUAUUAUAUGAGUAAUGAAGAUAUAACAAGAUUAACAAAACAUAAUCUACUGGAGCAAAAACCCGACUCCGGUGCGGCUCGAACGCACGCCAUCUGGCGCAAUCACUGACAUACGGAGCCGAAUUUGGAUGUCGGUUUUCGAGGCGG